AUUGCUUCUCACGCCAUCAAAAGAAAGAUAUCUAUUAUCAUUCUAUAAAUUGCAUGACUCACCUAUUUUAAUCUGCCAUUGAAGACAUGGCUCCGCCAACGGAUACACCUGCUGCCUCGCAACCGUCUUCAUCAUCCAAACCGGCAGCUUCCACCAUUAAAUCAAACCCUACAAAAGAAGUUUCUGCACCUGCUAGAAUAGCUCCUUCUAUCGCUCCUGCUCCAGGUCCUUCAUCCUCAAGGCCUAGCAUUACCGGUCCGACAAAAGCAGUGCCAUCGUCAAAUAAUGGAUCACAUACAAAUGCAACACUGCCGCGUUUGAGCAAUACGUCAUCUGUUCCAUCUCCAAACAGAUCUGCAAUAAUGAACGCAGAAUCAAAUGCGAAGAAAGGUGCCCCGUCUGCAUCAACAUCUCAGCCAUCCGCACCCACAAAUGCUCCAACAAGUCGAUCAACUUCUAUACCGUCCAAUUCAUCGUCACCAAGAAUAACACAAAGUUCAAUUGGCGAACAACAAUCUCGCGGAAUGAGUCCUUCUCCAUCCAAUACAUCUUUAUCCAAAACGCAGGAUGGCCAACAAAGCAAUUCUGUCAAUCCCCGUAUCAAAAAGACAUUGGCUGAUCAUUUGGCAUCACAGCAAGGUGUUACUCCACCCAGAAAACGUAAAAGAGUUCAUUAUAGCUGUGCAGAAUGUCAUCGAAGGAAACAUCGAUGUGAUCGUAAUAUACCUUGUCAGCCUUGCUUGGACAGAGGGCUAGGAGAUUCAUGUAGACCGUUCCAAGAUGGAGACGAGUUCGGAGAUGAACGUGAUCGAUUGAAGAGGCUGGAAGAUCUCGUAGAAGGCCUGGCAAGAGCACAUGCCACUCUUUCGGAAGAAUUCGAUCUGUACAAAGAAGGAAAGCUAUCGACUAUCAAAAAUCCGAUGAAUGGCGCUCUGAAAGUUUUGGGCGAAGCUGCUGCUUCUGCUGCUGCUGCACACGCUGCUUCACCUUCUGAAUCGGGAGAUAGAGGUAAUCAUAAAGCCAAUCCAAGACCAGAUAAACGAGUCCGAUUGGCUCGAAUGGGUGAAGUUGAAAUGGAACGAGAAGAAUUGCGAGCUGGAAGUGCAUUGAAUGACGAGACUGGACAAGCGGGAUUGUAUGGCGGAUCAGCAGGUGAAGUGCUACCUGAAACAAACUCACUCGAAGGUGGACUGACCCGCGAAGGAGAUAGCUUCUAUGGAGCUCUUGCUCUACCGAGUGUCAGUAGAGGAGUGAUCGAAACGCAGAUCCAUGGCGAACGACUAGAGCUAAGCUCAAACGUACCUCUUCGUUCGGCAAGUGCAAAGGUUCAUCGAUUGAUACAAGAAGGAGGGGCACCACCGAAUGUGAUUGAUGAGCUGAUGAGCUGCUUACCCCCGCGACAUGAAUCAGAUGCGAUGUUGGAAUGGUACUUCCGCGAUAUUAACGAUACCCGAUUGCCACUGCACGAACGAACAUUUAGAGCAAGCUAUGAGGAGAUCAUGAACUGGAGAUGGGGUAAUUUAAGAAAUGAAGAAGGCGAUGAUGGUGCAAGACAUAUCCCGUUCUUGGCGUUCUUGUUCGUCAUUCUGGCCAUUGCUAAGAGAUCUGAGCCCGAAGAUCGAUGUGCAUCGGAUGAGGAUGCAAGAAGAGGCGCAUUGUUCUACUUGCAUUGCGCUCGUCGCAGUAUGGCCAUCGCAAGUGCUGUGCGUGCUGAUCAUAUUGAUGUUUUACUAGCCGCAUUGUAUGGAGCUCGUCUUUUGAUCACCUUGCGACAAAGUGCGGAGAGUUGGAGUCUUUUGGGCGUCGCAAUUCGUGCUGCUCAGGCCAUCGGAUUACACAGAGAUGGAACCAAGUUAGGAUUGGAUGCUGUUACGACAGAAAGAAGGCGAAGGCUGUGGGCAAUGAUCUAUUAUCUCGAUCGUACAACAAGCAUGUUGUUAGGUAGACCGCAGGCAAUCGAUGAUAAGACAGCUGAUACAUUACCACCGAGCGAUGUGGACAUUGACGUCUUACCAAGAUUUGGCCCAGCUCCCACACCACAGCCAUUCCCUCCAGUCUCAACACCUCCAACUGAAGAUGGCUCAAGACGUCAUCCGGGCGUGUUCUGCUUUGUUGCAAUCCGACAUGAGCUGGCAAGAUUGAUCGGACGAAUCGUGGAGCAUUUUCAGGAUCUUUCUAAACCUCGCAAUUACGCUGAUGUAUUGCAACUCGAUGCUGAUCUUCAGCAUUUCUAUGCUUCUCUGCCAGGAUUCUAUUUAUAUCCAGCUUUACGUGGAGAAGAAGCUGAUCGAUCGUUUGAUGACGUUUGUCCAUGGUUGCCGAUCCAUCGAUAUUUGAUCAACAUCGAAUAUCACUACGUACGCAAUGCACUUCAUCGACCUUACCUCUUACGUUCUGAGAGGUACAAACAAUCACGCGAAGCUGCAUUUGCAAGUGCUAAAGCAGAUCGAGUAAUACGAAAAGAGUACGAACGUGAAGUGAGCUGGCCAUCGAACAGAGCUCGAAACAGUCACUUGGGUGGAGUAUACCGUAAAUUUGCAAGUACUCUCAUUGCUGGUAUCGAAUUAUUACUGGAUCCCAGCAGUCCAAAUGCAGCUGAAUUGCAUGCAGUUUUGGAUGAUUUCUUGAGUCAUUCGACCAAAUUUGCCGAUCCAAGUCAAUGUACCAAACGUGAACUGGCAAUCAUCAAAAUCUUCAAAGCGAAAGCAAUGGAUCCUUCUUGGUGUGCGGCCAAUAGCAGCACCUUGAAGAAUGGUGCUUCAGCAACGGCUGCUAGCUCGCCUGCUGAUCGUCAAUCCGGGGCAGCGACCACGCCAGGUGGCACGAAUGCAAAAGUGGAUAUCGGAAAAGGUAAUGAUGCAGUACGUGCAACAGCAAUUGCACAAAAAGCAAGAGCGGGUGCUAUUGGCGGAAAUGGAAAUGCGCCAACGAGAUUACCUCCCACACAAAAGGAGACGAAUGAAUUAGCACAAACACUUCUGGACAGAUUGGGAGGAAUUGAGUCUUUGCAAGUCCUCAACCAAAAUCAAUCUCCUUCCAGCAAUUCGGCUUCAUCUGUUGAUCUAUCGGCAGGCUUGCGUCCUGCUCAUAAUGGACCGUUAUCAUCACAAGCAGGACCAAUUCAAGCUGGAACAGGUGUUUCGGGAGCACCGAAUCAAGCCAUGACCACUUCCAAUCCGAUCACAUCAAUGACGACGAUGCAAAACGGUAUUGUUGGUGAGCCAAUGACGGCUUACAGUGUGCCAACUUCAUUCGAAGGAUUGUUUGAUACGUCAGAUGGAACGGAUUGGUUUGGAUCGUUAGAUGCAGGUGCAAUGGGAGGAUUUGGAGGUGCAGCUAUGCCGAACAAUAUGUCUUUCCCUGGUAUGAACGGAAGUAAUGCACAAACACCAGGAGCGGGAGCUGUUGCGGGUAAUAACGAAGGUGAAUCUGAUUUUGGUGGAUGGGGAACAUUAGUAGAGGCGAUCGUAUCGGGUCAAGAGAAUCCGUAAAUUUGAUAUGAAAAGGAAUUUUGUAACAUCUUCUUUCGAGUAUAUUUAUGUAUCAUAGUUUGCAAAUUGUUGUAAAAAUGGAAAAUAUCAUGUCGUUUUAUCAC